CGGCGGCGGCGUCAUGGCAGAAGCGGCGUUGGAAGCCGUCCGGAAGGAGUUACGAGAAUUCCCGGCUGCGGCCAGGGAGCUCAGCGUGCCUCUUGCUGUGCCCUACCUGAGUGAGCCCCCAACUCCACUCCAGUUCUUCCGGGACUGGGUCUGCCCCAGCAGGCCCUGUGUCAUCCGCAACGCUCUGAAGCACUGGCCGGCGCUCCAGAAGUGGUCCUUUCCCUACCUCAGAGCCACAGUAGGCUCCACGGAGGUGAGCGUGGCUGUGACCCCGGAUGGUUACGCGGAUGCAGUGCGAGGGGACCGCUUUGUGAUGCCUGCCGAGCGCCGCCUGCCCCUGAGCUGCGUGCUGGAUGUGCUGGAGGGUCAAGCCCAACACCCAGGAGUCCUCUACGUGCAGAAACAGUGCUCCAACCUGCCCGGCGAGCUGCCCCAGCUGCUGCCCGAUCUGGAGCCCCACGUGCCCUGGGCCUCUGAGGCACUGGGAAAGCUGCCUGACGCUGUGAACUUCUGGCUGGGGGAGGCAGCUGCAGUGACCGCUCUGCAUAAGGACCACUAUGAGAACCUCUACUGCGUGGUCUCAGGGGAGAAACACUUCCUGCUGCACCCACCCAGCGACCGGCCCUUCAUCCCAUAUGAGCUGUAUACACCGGCAACCUACCAGUUAACUACAGAGGGUUCCUUUAAGAUGGUGGAUGAAGAGGCCAUGGAGAAGGUACCGUGGAUCCCCCUGGACCCUUUGGCUCCAGAUCUGGCCCGUUACCCCCGCUACAGUGAGGCCCAGGCUCUUUGCUGCACAGUGCAGGCUGGUGAGAUACUCUACCUGCCAGCCCUGUGGUUCCACCAUGUCCAGCAGUCCCAUGGCUGCAUUGCUGUGAAUUUCUGGUAUGACAUGGAGUACGACCUCAAGUACAGUUACUUCCAGCUCCUCGACUCCCUCACUAAGGCCUCAGGCCUCGACUGAGAGCCCUGGUGAGCAUUACCAAGGACGGCUCAUGGAAAAGGUUGUGCCCUCCCAGACCAGGUCAAUUCUAGAAGCAACCUGGAGUCAGAGAUUUUUGGCUGUUGGCCUAGCUUGGCUUGGGAUCAGCUUUGGAGGAUUUGGGGAGGUGGUCAGGAGGACCAGGCGGUGCCAGGCAGGUCUGGGCGUGGGCUCGGGAAGUUGCCACACAGGUGAGGCAGGAGCCUGCCCUGGAGGAGUGGGGCUUCAGGUGCAGCACCACCUCUCACCAGCACGGUGAGCUUGGCCCGAGUAUCGGUGUCCUAUCUGUAAAACACAGAUGGUGUUGGUUCCUGUCUUAUGCGGUGUCGUGGGGCUUGGAGGUGACGUCCGUAAGGACAGCAUAGGGCUGGUACAGAGGAAGCGUUCAAUAAAAGGCUAAGGUACCUGGGACCUGCCUGCUCACCAUUCGUGUCCUGCAGGCCCGUGGG